CGAGACCAUAUUCUUCUCCCCAACACUUCCUUCUCGCCUAUGCUAUGCCCCGCGAGGUGAUAUAUGUCUCUCAGUGUCUCCCCGGGGAAUGCCUGUAUGGUCUCAGCUUUUGCGUAUAUCCAUUCAUCAUCAUGCAGCUGCAGCUGGCAUUACCAGAAGAAUGGCGACCAAGAACCCUCCUCCUCGAGAGCCCUUGAUCUUCGUCCUUGGGUCGACAGGAACUGGCAAAUCCGAGCUCGCCGUAGAGCUAGCUACGAGGUUCAACGGCGAAGUCAUCAACUCGGACGCCAUGCAACUCUAUAAGGGCCUCCCUAUCAUCACGAACAAGAUCACCCCCUCGGAACGCCGCGGCGUGCCCCACCACCUUCUAGACCAUAUAGGCCUCGACGAUCCUCCCUGGGUGGUCGACGACUUCAAGCGUGCAGCCACCCAGGCCAUCCAGGACAUACGGGCCCGCGGCCGCCUCCCCAUCCUGGUCGGCGGGACGCACUACUACACCAACGCCCUCCUCUUCGACGAAGUCCUCGUGGAGGGCGAAAAAGAAGAACCGUCCUCGUCUUUCCCCAUCCUCUCCGAACCCACCGACGUCAUCCUCGCCAAACUCCGCCAAGUCGACCCCGUCAUGGCUGCCCGCUGGCACCCCAACGACCGUCGCAAGAUCUCCCGCUCCCUCGAGAUUUUCCUCAAAUACGGCCGUCCCGCGUCGGAGAUCUACGCCGAGCAGAAGCGCCGCAAGGCCGCUGCCGCUGCCGCUGCCGUUGAAGGAGGCGGCGCCGGCGGCGGGGACACACCCUCCUGGCAGAACUUGAUGUUCUGGGUCCACACCGACCCCGAAGUCCUGAAAACCCGCCUCGACGGCCGCGUCGACAAGAUGCUCGCCGCCGGCCUCCUCGACGAGACGCGCCAAAUGUUCGAGCACGUCCGUCGCAAGGAAUCCGCCGGCCAACCGGUCGAUUUCACGAGGGGCAUAUGGCAAUCCAUCGGCUUCAAGGAACUCGAGCCAUACCUACGCGCUUCCUCCUCCUCGUCCUCGUCUUCUGUACCCGAACCCGCCGACCCCGCCGAUCCCGCCGACGCCGUCACCCUCGCCGCCCUCCAGUCCUCCGGCCUCGAAGCCGUCAAGAUCUCCACGCGCCAAUACGCAAAAUACCAAACCCGCUGGAUCCGCACCAAGGUAGUCCCCCUGCUACGGGACCACCCGGCCGGCGCCAUGUCCCGCCUCUUCGUCCUCGACACAACCGACCCCGCCCACUGGGCCGAACAGGUCGCCGACCCCGCCGCCUCCAUCACCCGGCGCUUCCUGGCCGACGAACCCUUACCGGACCCGGCCUCGCUUUCCCCCGCCGCGCGCUCCGUGCUCGAGGCCGUCGUGGCCGCGGCCGCGCCGGAGUCGCCCGCCGCGCUGAAGCAGACGCCGUGCCAGCGCACGUGCGAGCUGUGCCGCGUCACCUGCGUCACGGAGGAGUCGUGGGAGAAGCACCUGAAGAGUCGAAGGCAUAACGCCAUCGCGCGAAGGGUGAAGAGGAGGGCGCUCGUGCCUGUGGAGACCUCUGGCGAAGAAGCCGGCGAGGGGCCCGAGAUGGAGAAGACUCAGGGUGAGAGAGGGACUAGAGGGAGGAGGGGAGAGGGGGAUAGAUCACGUACCCCUGAUAUGGAUCUGGGUUCAAUAGAUUUUACGCCGCCUGGCUGACUACAGUGGCGAACCUCGAAUAUUUUGGAAAACUGAUGGAUAAUGUGAUGUUACUGUGAGAUGUUUCCCCUCGGUCCUCGCUUUUCGUGUUCAUGGGUGAGAAGUCAUGGUAGAAACAACAGCGAGAGAAACGAACAAGUAUUGUACAUUGGAAUAUCAGG